AUGCUGGUCGGCGCGGCCCUGGCGCUGGCCGCGAGCCCGGCCGCCGCCGAGCGGAUCGGCCUCGAUUCCUUCCACUUCGCCCGCCAGCACCUGCUCUUCCUGCCGGUGGCGCUGAUCGUGAUGCUUGGCGUGUCGCUGCUCUCCCGCACCGGCGUCAAGCGGAUCGGCACCGCCGGCACCGUGCUGAGCAUCGCUCUUCUUGCACUCACGCUCAUCAUCGGGGCGGAGCUGAACGGUGCGCGCCGGUGGUUGCCGCUGGGCGGUUUUCACCUGCAGCCGUCCGAAUUCGUCAAGCCCUGCCUUGCAGUGUUCAUGGCUGCGGUCCUCGCGCGGUCCAAGGAAGAGCAGCUGCCCUACGGCAAGCUCUUCGCGUCGGUCCCCGUGAUCCUCGCCGCGCUUCUUCUCGUCCUGCAGCCGGAUAUCGGGAUGGCGACGACGGUUGCCGCCGUCUGGUUCGUGCAGAUGUUCGUGGCCGGCAUGCCACUCGCGCUUGCAGUGGUGGGCGGCGCAGCGACGGCGGGCGGCCUCUUUUUCGCCUACCACCAUCUGACGCACGUCAAGAACCGCAUCGACCAGUUCAUCGACCCCACGACCGGCGACACCUAUCAGGUCGACACCUCGCUGCGCGCCUUCGAGGCCGGGGGGCUGUUCGGCCGCGGGCCCGGCGAGGGGACCGUCAAGAACGCGCUGCCCGAUGCGCACACCGACUUCAUCUUUGCCGUUGCCGCCGAGGAGUUCGGCGUCAUCGCCUGCAUCGUCAUCAUCGGGACUCCGGAGCCCGAGCGUACGCGGGCCGUGGCGCGCGGCCUCGCCGUGCUCGGGCUCGUGCGUGCGGUCGUACAGGCCGCGCGCGUGCUGCGCCGGAUUCGCCCGGCGGCGGCCGUGGGAUUCGGCGGCUACCCGUCGGUGCCGCCGCUGGUGGCGAGCGGGCGGCUCGGCAUCCCGAGCGUGCUGCACGAGCAGAAUGCGGUGCUCGGGCGCGCCAACCGGAUGCUCGCCCGCCGCGCGUCGGCGAUCGCCACGUCGUUUCCAGAGACCGAGCGGAUUCCCCACAACCGUGCGGGGCUCGUCACGCAUGUGGGAAACCCCGUGCGCGCCGCCAUCGCGGCGUUGCGCGGCACUCAGUACGACCCGCCCGCACCGGACGGGCCGUUCCGCCUGCUGGUGACCGGCGGCAGCCAGGGUGCGCGGGUUUCGCCGAAAUCGUACCGGCGGCGGUGGCGGCGCUGCCGCAGUCUCUCCGGCGGCGGAUCGAGGUGA